AUGGCGGCCUUCAGCAAGUUUGUGACAGCCAGGAAUUCGUCCGCGGUCGGCGGCCUUCUCCUGCUCAUCUACCUGCUCCGUAAACGGCGCAAAACCCGGAGAGCUCACAGUUCUAAAGGAGAGCUGCCCGUGCUUCUCAACCCAGAGAAAGAUGCCAAACGAGACAAGGCGGCCGUGGAUAAAACCUUCUUCCUCCGGAUUCUUGGGAUUUUGCGAAUCAUGGUGCCAGGAGUGUUCUGCAUGGAGACAACUUACCUGAUCCUCAUUGCCAGCAUGCUGGUGACCAGAACCUAUUGUGACGUGUGGAUGAUCCAGAACGGAACCAUGAUUGAAAGUGCCAUUAUCGGUCGCUCAACCAAGGAUUUCAAGAUCUACCUGUUCAGCUUCAUUAAGUUCAUGCCAGCUAUCGCUCUGGUGAACAACCUGCUGAAGUUGGGCCUGAACGAGCUGAAGCUGAAGUUCAGAGAGAGGCUCACCAAGAAGCUCUAUGACCAGUACCUGCAAGGUUACACUUACUACAAAAUGGGAAACUUGGACAAUCGGAUCGCCAACGCAGACCAGCUGCUGACCCAAGACGUGGAGAAGUUCUGCAACAGUGUGGUGGAUCUGUACUCCAACCUCAGCAAGCCUUUACUGGACAUCGCUUUGUACAUCUUCAAGCUGACCAACGCCAUUGGAGCUCAGGGCCCGGCCGUCAUGAUGGCCUACCUGCUGAUCUCAGGCCUGUUCUUGACCAGACUGAGGAGACCCAUCGGCAAGAUGACGGUCACAGAGCAGCGCUACGAAGGAGAGUACCGCUAUGUGAACUCCCGCCUCAUCACCAACAGUGAGGAGAUCGCCUUCUACAACGGAAACACCCGCGAGAAACAGACCAUUCACUCCACCUUCAAGAAGCUGGUGGACCACUUGCACAGUUUCAUCUUCUUCCGCUUUUCCAUGGGUUUUGUGGACAGCAUCAUUGCGAAAUACAUAGCCACUGUGGUGGGAUACCUGGUGGUCAGCCGGCCAUUCCUGAACCUGUCCCACCCGCGACACCUGCAGAGCUCACAGUCGGACCUGCUGGAGGACUAUUACCAGAGCGGGCGGAUGCUCCUCAGGAUGUCGCAGGCUCUGGGCAGAAUCGUUCUGGCUGGCAGAGAAAUGACCCGCCUCUCCGGAUUCACUGCUCGGAUCACCGAACUCAUGAUGGUUCUGAAGGAGCUGAACGCCGGCAAAUACGAGCGCACCAUGGUUUCCCAGCAGGAGACGGACACCACAGAGAAAAAACCGCUGGUUCCUGGACGUGGUCAAAUCAUCAACAGAGACAACAUCAUUCAAUUUGACCACACGCCACUCAUGACUCCCAACGGGGACCUGCUGAUCAAAGACCUGAACUUUAAGGUGACGUCGGGCACCAACGUCCUGGUGUGUGGACCUAACGGAUGCGGGAAAAGUUCUCUGUUCCGAGUCCUCGGAGAGCUGUGGCCUCUCUUUGGCGGACAGCUCACCAAGCCGGAGCGAGGGAAGCUCUUCUACGUUCCUCAGAGACCCUACAUGACUCUGGGCACUCUGAGGGACCAGGUGAUUUACCCCGACACCUGUGAGGAACAGAGGAGGAAAGGCAUCUCUGAUCAGGUCUUGAAGCAGUACCUGGACAACGUCCAGCUGGGUCACAUCCUGGACAGAGAGGGCAGCUGGGACUCAGUCCAGGACUGGAUGGAUGUUCUCAGUGGAGGAGAGAAGCAGAGGAUGGCUAUGGCCAGAUUGUUCUACCACAAACCGCAGUUCGCCAUCUUGGACGAGUGCACUAGUGCAGUCAGCGUGGACGUGGAGGACUUCAUCUACAGUCACUGCAGAACGGUGGGCAUCACUUUAUUCACGGUGUCUCAUAGAAAGUCUCUGUGGAAGCAUCAUGAAUAUUACCUUCACAUGGACGGCAGAGGCAACUACGAGUUCAAGCCCAUCACAGAAGAAACCGUGGAGUUUGGCUCCUAACCGAAUGAAGUUCCGCUGUUUAAAUCUGUACAUUAAUUCUUUGCACUUGAAAAUGAUGUUUUUAAUCAUUGAAGCUUGUUUGUCUUCGACUAAAGUCACUACUGUCUCUUCUUUUGAUCAUGAAUUCUUGUGCUUAACCAAGAUGUCUCACACAGUGCCGGAUAUGCAGAGAACAGCCUUCCCGAUCAUCCAGUUUAUGAUAACCCCUUAAUGCCUGUUGUCUCAAAUGUGUAACAAACCACAUUAGCUAUAAAAGUACCUAAAUGUAGCACUUACUGCAGAGCAGAAACAUGUUUCAUAGCUGGGAGUAAAUUCAGGCGUUAAGGGGUUGAAGUGAUGCUGCUGCUGUGGUGAUCUGUGAAGACCUCCAGCUCGGUUCUGGAUCGUUCUGUUGAGAUGAACGGCUGAAUCAGAAUGAGACCAGAGAGAACACGCUGGACUUGUAGUCCAGGUUAAAGCCACUCAACUUCUAAAUCCUUAAGACUACUUCUAGAACCAGCAUGAAACGACGUGUUGAUGCAGCUGCUACACAGCUGAUAGACUGUUGUGGACCUGCCAUGCUUCACCAACAGGGGGCGCCUCAUGACCCGGGUCUGCUCCCAAUGGAAUGAGUGUUCCACGUUCUGCCAAGUACUUGGUUCGGUUUCUAAAAAUCUUCCGUUAAUGUUCUUAGACACGACUGGUGGUUUUGUAAAUGAUUUUUUUUUUUUUUUUAACAAAUGAAGCAGCCGAGUGUUCGUAUGACCAUCCUCUAAAUAAAAGUCUUUUAUUAACAGUCUAGUGACUGCAUGUUGUGAAUAGUUUGGUUGCAGAUCGUGCCAACAGCACCACAGGCUUCAUUAUGACCUCACAGAAGGUUUAAUUGUGAUUGAUCUGACUAAUAAUGCUAUGAUGGGUUUAGUCUACAUAGAACAAUAACUGUAUGAGAAAUAAAGUAUUCUAAAAAUCA